AUGUUGCAGAGUGAACUCGAUUACGAGAAUUUACGAUCUGUUUAUUACACAUACUCUGAGGUAGUCAUCGGCUAUAUAAGUAAUGAAGCUCGUCGUUUUCGCGUAUAUGUCGGAAACAGAGUACAGCACAUCCAUGAUCGUAGCAACCCGGAACAGUGGCAUCACGUGCCAGGAAAAGUUAACCCUGUGGACGAAGCGUCUCAUUCACUCACUGCCAGUCAGUUACUUAACAACAAGAGAUGGCUCUCAGGGCCAGACUUUCUCUGGGAAAGCGAUGUACCACUUCUUAACAAGAAAAACACAGCUCAGCUCUCUUCUGAUUAUGUUGAAGUGAAGACAAACACCUGCUUCUUGACGCACUCUACCACUAGAGAAUAUCCUGGUUUACUUCUUUCAUAUCUGAAUCGCGUUUCUUCCUGGCACAAAGCAAAAACGACAGUCGCCUGGAUGAGAAGAGGAAUAAAGAAUCUCCAGUCUGUAAUAGCAGCACGUAAAGAAGAGAUUCAUUCUGCAAAGGACUUAGGAAGAUCAUGCAAUGAACAGGGAAAGCAGUUGUGCUUACCUCUCUCAGUUGAAGAAUUGGUCCACUCCGAGAAGUUUAUUUUGCGUUGCCUCCAAUGCCAGCAUUUUAGCCAUGAGAUGGAAACACUAACAAACCUUAAAGGUAAUUUGGAGAAAUUCCAAGAACGAGACUCUGCGCGCUGCAGAAACGACACUUUGAAGAAGACGAGCUCUCUCUAUAAAUUAGAUCCCUUUGUUGACAAAAACAGACUGCUUAGGAUUGGUGGUCGUAUCUGA